AAGGGGCAGAGGAGGAGACACUGGACAGGACACAGGAAAAACAUUACAUGGUGCUUCAAACUUUUUCGCUUGCCUGUCAAGUGAGCAGAGGAGGGGGGUGAAAGCACAGUGGAAGCAGUCACCUCAGCUCAGCAGCUCACAUGCAGGGAGACUUCUGGCAGAUAGCACUGCUCACAUCAAUCUCAUAGGGAAACAAUUAGGAAGGGGGAAAUGUUUAAAUGCAGGACCUGGAGGAGGAUCCCAAAUGAUCAGAUAAGGACCUAAUACAGGGGAUCUCUUUGACAUUGCUCAAAGGCAGAUAGGAGAGGCAUCAGUUUACAUCAGAAUAAGUACAAGAGAACAUCUCAGUGUUGGACAAGAGCAGAGAGGAGCAUUCAGAGCAACCAUACUGGGACUGACCAGCGACCUAGAUCGCACCUGGGAAUGCAGCACUGAGCGACGGCAUGGAACGAAUUAAAGUGCUAGACCAGCUGUUGCCAGAAUUGAACGUGCUACUGAAGCUUCUAGACCACGAAUUCCUGAGCGCCACCACAAGAGAAAAACAAAGUACCGUAUGCAAUAUCCUGCGCCAGCUGCAACCAUCUCCUGGAGAUGAAUUUCAGUAUAUGAACACUGCAGCAUACCACAAUGGCACCAGCUUCGUGGAAUCCCUCUUUGAAGAGUUUGACUGUGACCUGCAAGAAUUACGGGACAUGCAGGAUGACUACAGAGAAAUAGAAGGCCAAUCCUCUCCACCUCCACCUGCACCUUGUAUCCCUCCACCACCAUUACCCACUACUCCACCACCAGAAGAUUAUUAUGAAGAAGCAGUACCACUAGGACCAGGGAAAUCCACAGAAUAUAUUACCUCUCGCAAUAGCUCUAGUCCUCCCAAUUCCAUAGAAGACGGAUAUUACGAAGAAGCAGAUAAUAACUAUCCCCUAACACAGAUCAAUGGAGAGCAGAAACACUCCUAUAAUGAAUCUGAUGGACUUAGCAGUUCCUAUGAGUCUUAUGAUGAAGAAGAUGAGGAGGGUAAAGCUCAGCGUCAAAUGCACCAAUGGCCGUCCCAGGAGGCCUCCUUGCAUCUGGUUAGAGACAGCAGAAUCUGCGCUUUCCUCCUGCGAAAGAAACGCUUUGGCCAGUGGGCCAAGCAGCUUACACUCAUAAAAGACAACAAGUUAUUGUGUUACAAGAGUUCCAAAGACCAGCAACCUCACUUGGAGAUGCCCUUGCCCCUGUGCGGUGUCACUUAUGUUCCCAAGGAUGGAAGACGUAAGAAACAUGAGCUGCGAUUCUGUCUACCUAAUUCUGAGCUGCUUGUAUUGGCGGUCCAGAGUCGAGAACAAGCUGAAGAAUGGAUGAGGGUCAUCCGAGAGGCCAGCAACCCAAACACAGUGCAGCCAUUGGCAUCCCCAGCACUAAGGCAUAAACUAGACCUGGACAAGAGACUAUCUCAUGACAAAACAUCUGAUUCAGACAGUGCUGCCAAUGGUGAAAACAGCUCCCCAAGCAGUGGGAAAGAGAACAGGGACAAUGCAAAGUGUCGCAGGACAGGCCUGGCAGAACUGAAAGGUUCUAUGAGCCGAGCUGCAGGGAAGAAAAUUACAAGGAUAAUAAGUUUCUCUAAAAAGAAGCAGUCACCCGAGGAGCAGCAUACCUCUUCUACAGAUGAAGACGUCCCCUGCUGCGGCUUCCUAAACGUAUAUGUGAAUCAGUGCUGGAAGGAGCGCUGGUGCCGCUUAAAUGGACAGACCCUCUAUUUUCACAAGAACCGCAAUGAUCUCCGGACUCAUGUUAAUUCUAUUGCAUUGCGUGGUUGCGAAGUAUCACCAGGAUUUGGGCCUCAGAAUCCGUUUGCUUUCCGAAUAUUACGUCAAAAUCAAGAAAUCUCUGUGUUAGAGGCCAGCAGUUCUGAAGAAAUGGGUCGAUGGCUGGGUCUACUACUUGCUCAAACAGGAUCCAAAACCAGGCCCGAGGCCCUGCACUAUGAUUAUGUAGAUGUGGAAACAAUAGCCAACAUAGUGACUGCCGUCCGUCAUUCUUUCAUGUGGGCAAAAUCCUCACACAGUGGCAGCAGUGACUCCCGAGUCUAUGAUGAUGUAGCUUAUGAAAAGAUUGAAGAUCCAAAACGCACACAAGGAGGAACACAAGUGAAGCGCCAUGCCUCCUCUUGUAGUGAGAAAUCACGCAGGUUGGAUCCUGAAGUUAAAGUCAAACGCCAUGCUUCAAAUGCCAACCAGUAUAAAUAUGGUAAAACCAGAGCAGAGGAGGACGCACGUAAGUUCGUGAAAGAGAAAGAACGUCUGGAAAAGGAGAAAGAAGUGAUCAGAAACAAGCUGGUAGCACUGAGGAAAGAAAGAAGAGAGCUGAAGGAAUUGUUAAAAAAUAGCACAGGGAAGCAGCAGCAGGACCUAGAAAAAAGGUUGACCUUAUUAGAAGAACAGUGUAAGGACAACGAAAAGGGCCGUGUAGAUUUGGAGCUGCAACUUACAGAAGUGAAGGAAAAUCUGAAGAAGUCACUAGCUGGAGGUCCAUCACUGGGGUUGUCAGUGACAGGAAAAGCAGAAAAUACACCACCAAAAACCCAACAAGAAAGUGAUCGUCCUGUGCCUGUCAACAGUGCGGCUGAGUUGAAACAUAGGUCCCCAUCCAUAGUGACAACCAGCAAAGGGAAGGUGCUCCAAAAGGCCAAGGAGUGGGAAAUGAAGAAAUCCUAAAGCACAAUUAUCUUCCGUAUGGAGAAUCGUUCUGGUGAACAUGAAGCCAUUGGUCAAAUGCAUGUGUCUUAUCAGAGUAAAAGUACAGUACAGAGAUGGAUAAAGGAAAUAAUAAACACUGGGCUGGCAGGAUGAGAAGUGGAUUCGGUGUCAUGUUAAUUCCUCUGGAUGUAUAAAAUCAGUUCUCACAUUAGAACUGGCCUAAAUGUAAAAGAUAUAUAUAUAUAUAUAUAUAUAUAUAUAUAUAUAUAUAUAUAUAUAUAUAUAUAUAUAGAAAGACUUCAUUUUGUUAAACUACAGUCAUUGAACCAUCAACUUAUCAUAUUACAGUCAAGUGACGCAAGUUGUGGCAUGGAAAUGUCUACCCUUAAUGGUCAAAGCAAGUGAAUCUGGAUUUUGAGAGAUGAACACCUAAAAAUCAAUAUUAACUGUACUAAGAAAUAGGACUGUGCUCUGGAUACAGGACAUUGCCUGUCUACUGUGAAUGUCUAACAGUGUUCUCAGAAUGUACCGACUAUACUUGUCUACUGGAAAUGGUCACUUAAAUAAGAAGUGGAAGGAUGGAAGCGGCAUAAUGGGUAGUUCCUCAUUGUUUUCUUUAUCUAUAUACAACUCUUAACAAACAAUACUAAUAUCAUUGCAAGAGCAACCUGUCCAUAGACAGAUAUAGAGAUGAAAAUAUCAUAUUCAAUGACAGAUUCUCCUAACAAAUAAUGGCAUUGUCAUUUUACACGGCAUCUACAAACUGACCCAAUCUCCAUUUAUAUCAGGAAAUAAAUAAAGAUAAUCCUUCGUGGUGACAUGUCUCACUUUUUUGUCAAGUGCUGUAUGAGACAUCUACAUAUAUGGUUUUAUCUCUUUAUUGUACAAUUCACAUGCCUCUGAAAAUGUAUUGGAAAAGAUUGUUGCUGUUUUUAUUUUUUCAAUGUGUCUUAGUAAAAUGGCAGCUGUAUAUACUAUUGACACCAUUGUCAGAGAAUUCUCAUUACAUAUUGUUAUACCAUAUCACUAGGAUAUGCCAUAAUUGUCUGAUCAGUGGGCUUCAGAUGUUUAUGGGAUUCCCUGGAUCUGAAGUACAAAGGGACCUAGGUCUCUUUAGCUUAUCCCCUGCAUGGCACCACUCCCCGUCACCCUCUGUGCAAUAAAGUGCAUCAACACCCUGUUGACGUGACUGGGUCUCUGUUUUAGUUCCAUAUAUAGUAGGUGGCUGGGAGAGAUGGUAUGCCAGAUACAUCUAUAAGGAAGCCAAAGUGCCUACCUUACGGUUUGGCCCUUUCUUUCUAAGGAGAAGUUGGGAUCUCAGAAAGUGGGUCUUCAAUGUUUAAAAUACUGCUCUAAAAUGGCAUGUCCUAGUAAUUUGGCAUCACCUUCUAUGGUAGAAAAUCUGCUUUAACUUGUACCAGUUUAUAUAAAAUCCAUGAUGUAUAUGAUUUUGAAUAUGUUUUCUGUCUCAAGAAAUAUCUCUUAUGAGGUCAAAAUCUCAAGGGAUAUGGUGACCCUUGAGUCGUGAUGAAGGACUGGGAAAGUGCUAAGAUUCCUGUUUAUAAAGUAUAAUAUAAUGUGAAAGAGCCCUCAUCUUUUCUGCAUAUUGUGCCACUAGUGUACAAAGAGCUGUAUGCACUUUACGAAUCUUCCAAAUGUUUUUCAAUAAAAGGACAAUGUACAGAA